UUGCAGAAAGCACACAGCCCCUCUCACACUCACACACACUACUUCUUCUUGUUAAUUCAGAGGAAACAUAAAUGAUCAAUGAGCUUGAAUGAGCGGGGAUCAAUGGUUAGGAUUCUGAUCCAUCGAUCAUAGACUUUUCCAACAGGACUGAACAAAGAAAGUGCACUGAAGGAGCCGCAGCUUUACUUUUCUUUAAGUCAGGAAGUGUGCGCAGCCCCGAAGUCAUGUCCAGAUCGGGUGACCGAACCUCCACGUUUGACCCGACUCACAGCGACACUCUGCUGCACGGUCUGAACCUGCUGUGGAGGAAGCAGCUCUUCUGCGAUGUGACUCUCACGGCGCAGGGACAGCAGUUCCACUGCCACAAAGCCGUGCUGGCGUCCUGCUCGCAGUACUUCAGGUCCCUGUUCUCCACGCACAUGCUGAGCAGAGAAGACGGGCUGGCGGCGAAGGACCAAGGCAGCAGCGGCACCCCAUCCUCCUCCCCCGACGACAAGCUCCUGCCCAGCCCGCGAUCCACCAUCAACAACCUGGUGCUGCAGGGCUGCUCCUCCAUCGGUCUACGGCUGGUGCUGGAGUACCUCUACACGGCCAACGUGACCCUCUCCCUGGACACGGUGGAGGAGGUGCUCUCCGUCAGCAAGAUCCUCAACAUCCCCCAGAUCACCAAACUCAGCGUGCAGUUUCUCAACGACCAGAUCUCGGUGCAAAACUACAAGCAGAUCUGCAAGAUCGCAGCUCUGCACGGGCUGGAUGAGACCAAGAAGCUCGCCAACAAGUACCUGGUGGAGGACGUGCUCCUCUUGAACUUUGAGGAGAUGUGCGCCAUGCUGGACGCCCUGCCUCCGCCCGUGGAGUCGGAGCUGGCGCUCUUUCAGAUGUCCGUGCUGUGGUUGGAGCACGACAGGGAGACCAGGAUGCACUACGCUCCCGACCUGAUGAAGCGCCUGCGUUUCGCCCUCAUCCCUGCCCCAGAGCUGGUGGAGAGGGUGCAGUCGGUGGACUUUAUGAGGAGCGAUCCGGUGUGCCAGAAAUUGCUCCUGGAUGCCAUGAACUACCACCUGAUGCCCUUCAGACAGCACUGCAGACAGACCACAGCCAGCAGGAUUCGUUCAAACAAACGGAUGCUCCUGUUGGUUGGAGGCCUGCCCCCGGGUCCCGACCGCCUCCCCAGUAAUCUGGUUCAGUACUACGACGACGAAAAGAAGACAUGGAAGAUCCUUACAAUAAUGCCAUAUAACAGCGCCCAUCACUGUGUAGUUGAGGUGGAGAACUUCCUGCUUUUAUUGGGUGGAGAAGACCAGUGGAACCCUAAUGGCAAACACAGCACUAACUUUGUAAGUCGGUAUGAUCCGAGAUUCAAUAGCUGGAUACAACUACCGCACAUGCAGGAGAGGAGAGCGAGUUUCUUCGCUUGCUGCCUGGAUAAGCACUUGUAUGUUGUUGGGGGAAGGAACGAGACAGGUUAUCUGUCUAGCGUUGAAGCCUUUAACCUUGAGACAAACGAAUGGAAUUACGUUUCGUCUCUUCCACAGCCGCUGGCUGCGCACGCAGGUGCCGUGCACAAUGGGAAAAUAUACAUCUCAGGUGGCGUUCACAAUGGUGAAUAUGUGUCUUGGCUGUACUGCUACGACCCUGUGAUGGACGUGUGGGCUCGGAAACAGGAUAUGAACACCAAGCGAGCCAUACAUGCUCUCGCAGGCAUGAACGACCGCCUCUACACUAUUGGGGGAAACCACUUAAAGGGAUUCUCUCAUUUGGAUGUGAUGCUGGUUGAAUGCUACGACCCUAAAGCAGAUCAGUGGAGCAUCCUGCAAACGCCCAUCUUAGAGGGACGCAGCGGGCCUGGAUGUGCUGUUCUUGAUGACAGUAUUUACUUAGUGGGAGGCUACAGUUGGAGCAUGGGGGCGUACAAGUCAUCCACCAUUUGUUACAGCCCAGAGAAAGGCACAUGGACAGAAAUGGAAGGAGAAGUGGCUGAACCUUUAGCUGGACCGGCCUGUGCCACAGUCAUACUGCCAGCCUGUUUACCAUUUAACAAAUAACUAUAUAGAAUGCAGAAUAAUUCAGCUGAGAAGAGGAAAAACCUGUCGGGAUGGAAAGUCAUUCGCUAAACGAAUCAAAUAAAUGAGGAGACUCUCCCUAUGGAACGCCCCCAGCUUUUGAACAGGAGGUGAUGAGGUGUACAGAUUAUUAUUUUUUUACUGGUCUGACAAGAGCACUUUGUUUCUUUCAUACCUACCAGUUUUAAACUGAUAUAAUCAUCGACUUUACGUAUUUGAUGCUCACGUGUGUUGACAUUCAGCUGCUCACAUUCAAUCAUUUUUUUUAUCAUAAAUGCUUUGACAUAGCACGCAUAAUUUUUUUCCGAACCAAAUCGAUAUCGCUUCCAUACGUACUUUGUAUUUUGUGGAAACCGCCGAUCAAAGACAAUGUUGAAGUGGGUUGACAAAGGAAUAUUCAUGUUUUUCAAGCAAAACUCAUGAUUCUGUGUACACUGUAGAGUAGAUAUCAGCUAUUCAAUAUAUAUCACACCAUGUAUGCUUGUUAGAUAUUGUCGCCAUACUUGAGUGGCAUAUUGUUAUUUGUACAGAUGAGAGGGGAAAAAUGUCAAUUAUAUAAAAAAAACACAUUUCAGUAAAACACAAGUUAUGAUUUAUUGUUUGAACAAUCAGUAUAUUAUUUAUUUAGCCAUGUGGUAUAUAUGCAUGGCGUGAAGUGGAAAGCUUAUUGUGUUUUACUGUGGGUACAUAUUUGUUUAUGUUAAUAUCUGUUCAUAUCUCACAGUGCCUAUUUUUAGCAUCAGGCUGCUUUAUUUCAUAAAAUUUCCCAUUAUAAGAAUCAAGAAUUUUAAA